GUAAUAAUGAAAGACACAUUCCUCAUAUACCCUGUCCCUUCGAUCUGCUUUCCCGACGGACAACCAGGAGGCUUCAGUCCUAAAUCCCUAAUCAUUCUGUCGCCGAUCAACAACGAGCAAUUGCUGCCUACUACCACGAAUCCCGUCGAAGCCGCUGCCUCCAACCGAGCACCAGAUGUCGCUGUUGCCGUCAUCCUUCCGCUGCUGCCUCCUAGUGCUCACCAGACGCCGCCGUUGUCGCGCAUCGUCCUUCCGCCGCCGCCUUACUACAACGAAUCUCACCGUCGUCCUGUAGAUGUCCCUCUCCGCCGUCACUGCAUCUCAUCUCCUUCUCUUUUCUGGUUUCCUGUAAACCAUUAUCACUUGAUUUUUGCUAAAUACAGAUCUGGAAAUUGAAAUUAUGAGUAAGUUUUUUGUUAAUUGGGUUUAGCCGAUUGAGUUUAAUUUGCUAUUGAGAUUGCCAACGGUGGAGGAUUGGUGCAAAGGUCGGCGUCCAUGUGAGACUUGAAGGAAGCUAGCCAGACUUGGAUGAGGAUCGAUGUUGCUGAUGGAGGCUACUGGGACAAUUACCAGGUUUCUAGAGUAGUGGAGGUGUAUGGUGGUGCAAUGGUGGUGUGAGGUGGGGGCAGAGGCGUUGCGGUGGUUGGGGAGGCGGGACAAGGGUGGACCAAGCGGGCAAGCGGGUAUUGUGGAAGGUCGGCGGGAUAUGUACUAACUGCGGGGCAGCAGUAGAGGCUGCGGAGCUGGCUGUGCAAGACUGCGAUAUUGGCGGUGGGGAUGAUGAUUUUGGGCGGAGAUGUUGGAAAUUAGGCGGGUGUAGUGUAACUGAUCAGUGGCCGUGACGGUGGACACUGUUAAAAAUUUUGUCACCAGCCGUUGUCACUGUAACUCUUUAAUCGGGACGGUGGUCACGGGAGUGAUAAUCAUUAGGACGGUCAACGGUGGCAACGGGAGGAGUAACUGGGACGGUGGUCACCGGAGGCCGGUAGUAACCAGGAUGGUGUCACUAGAGUGUUAGUAAUUAAGACGGUGUCACUCGAGUGGUAGUAACUGAGACGGUGUCACUGAAGCGGUAGUAACUAAAACGGUGUCACUAGAGUGGUAGUAACUGAGACGGUGUCACUGAAGCGGUAGUAGUAACUGAGACGAUGAUCAUUCAGACUGGUGUCACACAAUUUUCAUAUCCAGACUACUAUCUUCAAAAAUAAAAUUAAAAUAAAAAACAUUAAUUUUUAUGGACUUAUUAUAGAGUUCAUGGUUAUGGAUUGUAUUGAAAAUUUGAAAUAAUAUUAAAUUAAAGAAGCGUUAAUUGUGAUAGGAUGUGUUGUUAAGCAUCUCGUGCGCACUAGAAUUAAUAUACUCCGUUUCCGUGCUUAGUAGUAUGUAUUAAGAUCAUUCUAAAGGUCGUUGCCG